AUGGCUCCAAUUGACCUUGCCAGGCAUUCUGGCCACCUCACCAAGGUUCGGUCUAGUCCAGCGGGGUCUGCUUCGCCCGGCCACCCUCCGGUCCUCGUCCUACGCUCGGCGUUACUCAUCUUCUCCUUCUCCGGGAUAUGGCCUCCCACCCCCGUCUACGAGAGGCUCUAUAACAAGUACACCCAGGUCCGACGGGUUCUUGGCGCGCAGAGGCUCACCCUCGCCGAAAAGAUCCUCUACAGCCAUCUCGACAACCCCGAGGAGAAUCUCCUCACCGACACCGACAAUGGCAAGAAGAUUCGCGGCUCGGCCAAUCUGCGCCUCAAGCCCGACCGCGUGAACAUGCAGGACGCCUCCGCGCAAAUGGCCCUCCUCCAGUUCAUGUCCUGCAACCUCGCCAAGCCCGCCAUCCCCGCUAGCAUCCACUGCGACCAUCUCAUCGUCGGCUCCCGCGGUGCCGAGGACGAUCUUGAGGCGGGCAUUCAGACGAACAAGGAGACCGUUCUCGAGAACUACGCCAUUCCCGGUCUCAUGAUGCUCGGUACCGAUAGCCACAGCCCCAACGCUGGUGGUCUCUGCACGAUAACCAUCGGUGUUGGUGGCGCUGAUGCCGUCGAGGCCCUCGUCGGCGCGCCGUGGGAGCUCAAGGCCCCCAAGAUUCUAGGCGUGAACCUGACUGGCCAGCUCCGCGACUGGGUCUCUCCCAAGGACGUUAUUCUCAACCUUGCCGGCCAAUUGACUGUACGCGGUGGCACCGGCUUCAUCAUCGAGUACUUUGGCCCCGGCGUUGACUCCCUCAGCCUCACUGGUAUGGCUACCAUCUGCAACAUGGGUGCCGAGGUUGGCGCCACCACUUCCGUCUUCCCCUUCACUGCAGCUUCCAGCCGGUAUCUCGAGGCCACUCGUCGCUUGCAGGCUAGCAAGAACGCCGAGGCUCUCCAAGCUUUCCCCGGAAAGGAAGCCCCCGAGGACCUCUACUUCAAGUUCCGGGCCGACGAGGGCGCGGAAUACGACCAGGUCAUCAACAUCAACCUUUCCGAGCUCGAACCCUACAUCAACGGCCCCUUCACUCCCGAUCUCGCGACCCCUCUAUCCAAGUUCAAGGAGGUCAUCCAGCAGGAGUCCUGGCCUGAGCAGCUUUCCGCCGGCCUCAUCGGCAGCUGCACGAAUAGCUCUUACGAAGACAUGACUCGUGUCGAGAGCCUUCUCAAGGACGCCGCCGCCGCCGGAAUCAAGCCCGCCUCCGACUUCUACAUCACGCCUGGCAGUGAGCAGAUUAGAGCUACCCUCGAACGCGACGGCACGUUGAAGACCUUUGAGCAGGCUGGCGGCAUCGUCUUGUCCAACGCCUGUGGCCCUUGCAUCGGCCAGUGGCAACGCCAGGACGGCGUUACCAAGGGCACUCCCAACGCGAUCCUCACCUCAUACAACCGCAACUUUAGGGGCCGCAACGACGGCAACCCCAGACUAUGA